AUGGGUAACGCCAAGGAAGUAGAAGUGGAGGAGAAAGGAAAACUACACAAUGUGCAAGAACCCUCCAUGUUGCAGACCUUAUACGGGUCGAUCAUCGCCUCGACAAUCAGCAGAGUUGUGCUCUACCCACUUGACACGGUAAAAAUAAAUAAGCAGGUAGACACGAGCAACAGCCAAGUGGGGGGUGAUUCCAGGCCAGCUAGCCACGCAUGCACCUCCAAUCCAUUGAAGAUAGGACGCACCUCCUUUUUCCUUCCUGCGUUUAUCCAUAAAUUUGGAUACAGGGGGCUCUACAGUGGUUUUGUCUUCUCCGCCAUGACGACCAUCCCCGCCACGAGCCUCUACUUCUGCUGCUUCGAGUACCUGAAGUGGGUAAAAAUAAACUGGAACAAAAAAUUGCAAGACGAAAAAACGGGGCCCGGACAGACAACCACUUCGUUGAGUUUUGUGAAUUACUUCACCAUAGCUUUCCUGGCAGAGGCCAUGUCCUGCGUCCUGUUCGUCCCCAUUGAUGUAAUUAAGGAGAGGCUGCAGGCGCAACGGUAUUUGCAACUGAAGGAGUACAAGACGUCCUACCACCUGGUGAAGGAUUUAAUUCGCAAGGAGGGCUUCUUCAGGCUGUACAGAGGCUACAUCUCCACCUGCUUAACCUACGGCAUGUUUGGAGGCUCCUUCUUCUUUCUCCAAAAUAUGGGAAUGAACCUCAUGAAAAGACUAGAGAUCGAAUCGUCCAAUUUGAACAGCCUCAAAUUGAACCUCAUUUGUUCGAUGCUGUCUGGGAUUAUAACUUCCCCCCUUGAAGUAGUCAGGAUAAGAUACCAACUGCAGGAAAAGAACAGGACCCCCUUUUUUUACAGCAGCUCCGUUGACGGAAUUAAGAAGCUGUGGAAUGAAGGCAGCGGGAAGAUUUUUAACCUCUUCAAAGGAAACCUCUACCGAUGCUCCCUGGUGUGCCUCAGCAUGACCAUGAACGUCACGAUCAUAGACCUAUACAAGCAGUUCGCGUGA